GCAACGACGGUGAGUGCUGAGCCGGUGACCAGCACACUUUGGGCUUCUGGACGAGCCGUGCAGCGAUUGGCCCCAGUGGUCUCCCAGCCACAGCCAACGCUCCAAGUCCCCAGCUGAGACACACCUACUGAAUUGCUACCGUGGGUGGGAGGCCGCCGUGGGCCCUUACAUUACGAGCAAGCAGGGCUUGUGCACAGACAAACUGCAGAGCUGGUGGAGGCCACUGCCAGGCUGAGAUAAGAAAGAGAUGGGGAGCUGCUAAUCUCCCCCUGUCCAGCCAGUUGGAAGAAAACAGCCCAAAGAUGAGAGUGAUUCGCGUGGGUACCCGCAAGAGCCAGCUUGCUCGCAUACAGACGGACAGUGUGGUGGCAACAUUGAAAGCCUUGUAUCCUGGCCUGCAGUUUGAAAUCAUUGCUAUGUCCACCACAGGGGACAAGAUUCUUGAUACUGCACUCUCUAAGAUUGGAGAGAAGAGCCUGUUUACCAAGGAGCUUGAACACGCUCUGGAGAAGAAUGAAGUGGACCUGGUUGUUCACUCCUUGAAGGACCUGCCCACUGUGCUUCCUCCUGGCUUCACCAUCGGAGCCAUCUGCAAGCGGGAAAACCCUCAUGAUGCUGUUGUCUUUCACCCCAAAUUUGUUGGGAAGACCUUAGAAACCUUGCCAGAGAAGAGUGUGGUGGGAACCAGCUCCCUGCGGAGAGCAGCCCAGCUGCAGAGAAAGUUCCGGCAUCUGGAGUUCAGGAGUAUUCGCGGAAACCUCAACACCCGGCUUCGGAAGCUGGACGAGCAGCAGGAGUUCAGUGCCAUCAUCCUGGCAACAGCUGGCCUGCAGCGCAUGGGCUGGCACAACCGGGUGGGGCAGAUCCUGCACCCUGAGGAAUGCAUGUAUGCUGUGGGCCAGGGGGCCUUGGGCGUGGAAGUCCGAGCCAAGGACCAGGACAUCUUGGAUCUGGUGGGUGUGCUGCACGAUCCCGAGACUCUGCUUCGCUGCAUCGCCGAAAGGGCCUUCCUGAGGCACCUGGAAGGAGGCUGCAGUGUGCCAGUAGCCGUGCAUACAGCUAUGAAGGAUGGGCAACUGUAUCUGACUGGAGGAGUCUGGAGUCUAGACGGCUCAGAUAGCAUACAAGAGACCAUGCAGGCUACCAUCCAUGUCCCCGCCCAGCAUGAAGAUGGCCCUGAGGAUGACCCACAGUUGGUAGGCAUCACUGCUCGUAACAUUCCACGAGGGCCCCAGUUGGCUGCCCAGAACUUGGGCAUCAGCCUGGCCAACUUGUUGCUGAGCAAAGGAGCCAAAAACAUCCUGGAUGUUGCACGGCAGCUUAACGAUGCCCAUUAACUGGUUUGUGGGGCACAGAUGCCUGGGUUGCUGCUGUCCAGUGCCUACAUCCCGGGCCUCAGUGCCCCUGCUACCUGGGGAGUGAUUACCCCAGGAGACUGAACUGCAGGGUUCAAGCCUUCCAGGGAUUGCCUCACCUUGGGGCCUUGAUGACUGCCUUGCCUCCUCAGUAUGUGGGGGCUUCAUCUCUUUAGAGAAGUCCAAGCAACAGCCUUUGAAUGUAACCAACUCUACUAAUAAACCAGUUCUGAAGGUGU